AAUGAAAAUUUCCCAAAAAUUAUGUCACCGACUAGUGUGAAUGUCACUGUCAGUCAUCUGCGCUACGCUGCUCCAUAUAGAAAAACGUUUAUGGAAAAUUCUCAUAAUCAGUUUUACUAUUCCUUUUAUAUUUUUUAUCCUAUCCCUCUUUGUUUCUUCAGUGUUUGUUAUACUAGUAACCACCAAAACACGAUCUUACUCCGAAGUCUGUCGGGAUAAUUCAGGGGACUAUCCGGCUCUUCCGAUUAUUGCAGUUUGAUGAGAAGGUAGCAAUGGUUGAUAAUGGGUGGAUCUAUGAUACACCUUUGCAUUCUCAUGUGGAGGCCAAGCUGAGCCACCUCCUCGUUGACCUUCAAAAUGACAUACUUGGAAUCCAGGUAUGCGCUUAUAAAGAUGGAGAGGUUAUUAUUGACACUGCUGCUGGAGUGCUCGGUGAAAAUGAUCCUCGUCCCGUUCAGCCUGAUACCCUUUUUCCAGUUUUUUCUGUAACCAAGGGUGUCACAGCAGGAAUGUUGCAUUGGUUGGUUGACAAUGGAAAAUUGAAGUUUGAUGAAAAUGUUGCAAAUAUAUGGCCAGAAUUUGGUUCGAAUGGGAAGGAUCUCAUAAAGGUCCAUCAUGUGCUUAAUCAUACAUCGGGUCUGCAUAAUGCCAUGUCAGAUGUUUUUAAAGAAAACCAAGAACUACUGUCUGACUGGGAUGGAUGUUUGAAUUAUAUUGCAAAGUUAGUACCUGAGACUGAACCUGGCGAGUCGCAAUUGUAUCACGGUCAAUCUUUUGGCUGGCUGUGUGGUGGAAUUAUUGAGCAUGCAUCUGGGAAAAAGUUUCAGGAGAUUCUUGAAGAAGCAUUCAUACACCCGCUCCAAAUUGAAGGGGAGCUAUAUAUUGGAAUUCCUUCAGGUGUUGAAUCUCGACUUGCAACCAUUGCCGUAGAUACAGAUUCUAUGAUGAAGUUUUCAAAGUUGGGCAAUCAGCCCAAUCUGCCCUCUAGCUUACAGCUAGCCAACAUUCCUCAAAUUGCUCCAAAAAUUGCUGCUACAUUCAACAUGCUCAACAUUCGUCGUGCUAUCAUGCCAUCUUCUAAUGGGCAUUGCUCAGCUCGUGCACUUGCACGUUACUAUGCAGCCUUAGUUGAUGGAGGUGUGGUUCCACCUCCACAUUCUUCUUCCUCAAAACCCCUACUUGGCAGCCACACCCACAUCCCUACAUUUUCUUUCCAAAAUUCACCCAAAAAGCAACAAGAUCAUAAACAAGAUGUAGGAGAUGUUGAGGGUGGAAAUCAUAGUAGUGGUAACACCAGCAGUGAUAGUUUCACAAAGAUCGAUGAUCAUGACACUAACCCUUCAAGUAAUUAUGUUGGUAAGAUAUUUAGAAACUCUAGAAUUCAUGAUGCUUUCUUGGGUGUGGGUGGAUAUGGGAAUUUAGCUCAGCCAGAUGGGAAAUUUGGACUAGGUUUUAUAAGGUACAUUUCAAAAGAGGGUUCCCUUAUUGGAUUUGGGCAUGCUGGACUGGGUGGAUCGGCUGGAUUUUGUGAUAUACAAAAUAGGUUUGCUAUUUCUGUGACCUUGAACAAAAUGUCGUUUGGUGAUUUGACUGCCAGCAUUAUUCAUUUGGUAUGUUCAGAGUUGAAUAUCCCGGUACCAGAGUAAUUUCUUCAAUUUUGGAGAUGGGUUCUGAUGUGCAAUAAAUUUGGAAAAGCCUUUGACUAAUUGAUAAGAGUGAAUAAAAAUAAUAAUAAUAAAAAAAAAAAAUUCCCUACAUUAAUAGAUUGAAUAAAUUUGUAUUGUAUAUAAUGGUUUUGUACCAUAUACAGGAGAGUAGAAAGUGAACGAUAUCAGUGUAUACCAAAAUAGAUGAACUCUUAUUGCAAAUACAGGAGCUGUUUUUCUCAGC